AUGAAUGAAGAGGGUGGUCAUUUGGAUGCUAUGACAUAUCCAUGUAUUUUUUAUCCAACAUUACAUAAAUUAGAGGAGGAACUUGCUGGUAAUGGAAGUGCUAUGAAUGCUAUUAAAUUACUAAAAAGAAGUUUUAUUAAUGCUGAACAAAAUAGUCCCUCAGUUCUUUUUGAUUUAUCUCUUGUUUUACUUAAUGAAGCAAAGUUAAAUGUUAAUUUACAAGAAACAUACCUUCGUAUGCAUGGUUCUGCUCCAACAUUUAAUUUUGAACUUGAAAAUCUUAAACAUAUACCUGAAUUUCAAAAUUUAAGUGAUCGUGCAAUUGAAUUAAGGAAAACUUUAAGUAAAAUACCAGAUCAAAUGAUGGAUAGAAGAGCAUUCCUUGAUACUAUAAAAGAAAUAGCUGCAGCUAUAAAAAAUUUACUAGAAGCAACUAAUAGUGUUAUUCAAUUUGCACCAACUCCCUGUCAACAACCUAUUGAAAAAAGAAAACGAGAAUUUGUUCAUUAUUCUAAGAGAUUUAGUAAUACAUUGAAAGAUUAUUUUAGGGAUCAAAAUGCUCAACAAGUGUCUGUAGCUGCUAAUCAACUAAUAUAUCAAACUAAUCAAAUCGUCAGAACUGUUCAUGAUAAAGUUCUUAAGUAUCAUAGUCAUGUUCAUUAA